GGUUUGUAACCCAUCAUGUGUUUGGGUUUCUUCUCCCCAGUUCCUGACUCCACGUCUUCUGCCACACACGUCAGCAUGGUGGUAUUUGCGGGCCCUUGGUCCAGUAAGAAGGCAGACAUGAACACUCUAGAAAUCCACGAGAAAUUGCGCCCCCAGCGGACAGAGAACAAACAUCAGUUCAUAAACACCAAGGAGAAAUAUCUUGUAACUCAAGUGGCCUACUUUCUGACCAAGGGGCAGAACAGUUACAACUAUGAAGAGUGCAAAGACCUCCUAAAAUCUAUGCUGCGGGAUGAGCUUCAGUUGAAGGAGGAGAAGCUUGCAGAGCAGCUCGGGCAAGCUGAAGAGCUCAGGCAAUAUAAAGUCCUGGUUCAGUCUCAGGAACGAGAGCUGAGCCAGUUAAGGGAGAAGUUGCGGAAAGGGAGAGAUGCCUCCCGCGCAUUGAAUCAGCAUCUCCAGGCCCUCCUCACUCCGGAUGAGCCGCCCAACUCCCGGGGGAGGGACCUCCAAGAACAGCUGGCCGAGGGCUGUAGGCUGGCACAGCACCUCGUCCAAAAGCUCACCCCAGAAAAUGAUGAAGAUAACGAUGAAGAUGUUAAAGUUGAGGAGGCUGAGAAAGUACAGGAGUCGUGUGCCCCCAGGGAGGUGCGGAAGUCUGAAGAAAAGGAAGUCCCUGAGGACUCAGUGGAGGAAUGUGCCGUCACUUGUUCAAAUAUCUAUGGCCCUUCUGAGUCCAACCAGCCUCACAAGAACUCCAAAAUCACAUUUGGGGAAGACCAAGUGGACUCGACUCUGCUUAUAGACCGUGAAUCAUCUCCUGAUGGAUGGCAGGAUGCUCUAAACCUUGUCCCAGUCCCUGGCUCCACCUCUUCUACCACAAACGUCAGCAUGGUGGUAUCUGCGGGCCCUUGGCCCAGUGAGAAGUCAGAGAUGAACACUCUAGAAAUCAACGAGAAACUGCGCCCCCAGCGGGCAGAGAACAAACGUCAGUUCAUAAACACCAAGGAGAAAUAUCUUGUAACUCAAGUGGCCUACUUUCUGGCCAAGGGGCAGAACAGUUACAACUAUGAAGAGUGCAAAGAACUCCUAAAAUCUAUGCUGCGGGAUGAGCUUCAGUUGAAGGAGGAGAAGCUUGCAGAGCAGCUGGGGCAAGCUGAGGAGCUCAGGCAAUAUAAAGUCCUGGUCCACUCUCAGGAAGGAGAGCUGAGUCAGUUAAGGGAGAAGUUGCGGGAAGGGAGAGAUGCUUCCCGCACAUUGAAUCAGCAUCUCCAGGCCCUCCUCACUCUGGAUGAGCCGCCCAACUCCCCGAGGCGGGAUCUCCGAGAACAGCUGGCCGAGGGCUGUAGGCUGGCACAGCACCUCGUCCGAAAGCUCACCACAGGUAAGGUUUCCAUAGGAUCUGAUGACAGAAAACCCCAGGCUUAUGAGAGACUCCCGACCUCCAUACUUUCACAAUGACAGUUGUAUCGGUGGUGUUUUUUCCCACUAAACAUAUGUGGCCCUUCCAGGACUUCCUGCGUGAUAUCAGAGAUGGGAAACCCAUGGGUUUGGAGGUCACAGUAUUGCAGAUGUCCCUCCUUCCUUGGUGGAGAUGGUCUUUGGAGCCAGAGGCAGCAUCUCUCUAGUUGUAGAGGAGAGGAAGGAGGCUGUGACAGGAGGGUUCUUGUUAGAGUGAAAAGAGCUGUGGACUUAGAAUGAAGGUUCCCAGGCUGUCUCUUUGGCAAUGUUCUUAGUAAGUGUCGGUGAGUGAGUAAUUUAUCCUUCUUGAGUUUCUCUGUGUCCAUCGGAAAAGGCAGGCAAAUUGUCUCUUGCAAGGGUCUGAAGCAUCUAAAUGUGGGAACACGAUUGCUUUUGAAAAUGAGAUAAAGCCCCUCGCCAUGUGGUGUUGGAGAAGGCACUUGACAUGGGGGUAUUUGGUUGUAGGAAGUGCUUCAGACUGGUGCACUCCCCAUGGAGAGCAUGUCCCUGAAUAACACAGCAGAAGCCACAUGGAGGGCCUGUGAAGUCUCCUGAGGCAUAGAGGACUGUCGGGCAAGUUUGUCCGCUCCAAAGGGAAAGAAUUAGGUUCCAAAUGCGAACUGUGACACAACACCAAGUCUGUGCCUGGGAUUCAGAUCUGUGGCGGGAUGCGGGAGACAGCUGCCAAAGUCCAGAGAGAGGCUGCACAAGUCCCCAGUGAUAUGCGGAGCAAAGGGUCUUUUCAAUAUUUGGUGACAUCUUGAUGGUGGCCCUCCAGAUCAGAAAUGCAUUGCCUGAUGGAUCAGGAAAGCAUGCCAGGGCAUUUUAUUAAAGAUAAAACAUGAGAGCUUUCAGUUUAACGGUGUCCCAUGCCUAGAUGUCCAUGUCUCUGUGCACGUUGGACUGACUGUGCCUGCAGAGUAUGAAGUGGGAAAUAUCUGAAUGAAC